GUUUGGUAAGAUAAGCCUGAUACUGACAUCUAUAUUUCAAAUUUUUGGAUUAUUUAGGUUUUGUAGCACUUUAGAAGUUAUAAUUUCCAUGGAUAAACUCAGCAAAACGCGACGGAUUAACAGCAAUUUAUUACGUUAGCAGUGUAGGAUUAUUUAGCGCUGAUUACAAAUUGAAAGACCGUUUAAAUUAUGUUCGAAAGUGAUGACUGGCUUUUUGAAGUUGCUUCUGAUAACCAUGAAAAUGCACAAACUUAUCUUCAAAAUCAAAACAAGGAAAAAAUGUCGCUUGCAAAACGGCGUAAAAUUGAUGGUUGCAAAGCUUCGUACUUCACAAAGAGUAAUACUUGUGAAAUCAAGUUGAAUGCAACAAAGGAUAUAAUGGAUAAUGAUUCACCUGACAGCAGUAAGAACAAUGUGACACGUGAACACCUUCUACUAGGAAUCUUUCAAGAAAAUAUUUGUCAAAAAGUAACAAAAGAGAAACAGUAUCCUCAAUCAUCUAAAACGGAUAUAUCAAACUUAUUCUCAUCUAAAAAGUCCAAGGAGAAAAAAGGCGUUAAUUCUGUGAAUAAAGCAGAAUGUAGUAAAGAAACGAAGUUGAUAAGAAUAUUUCCUGGGCCAGCUGGAUUAGUAGCAAAUAUGAAAAAUGACAGUACCUCUGCUGUUUCAUAUUUGAAUAGUGUAAAAGAAUCAGAAAGUAAAUCAGCAGUAGAACAUAUUGAAAGUAAUUUCUCCAAGUCAUCCCAGGAUGAGAAGAACUUGCUUAGUGAAAAAGCUUGGAAGUUUUUACUGGACGAUUUGCCAAGGAACUUUUUCAACGAGUAUGGAAUUUUUACUGUUAAAAAUAGGGCAAAUGCUAGUCACUGCAACAAUAUGAAAGUAAAAUUCAUAGCAGGUAUAUUGGAUUAUAUAGAUCAUAGUUACAAUGAUCCAUUUAUUAUAUUAAAAGAUUCAACAGAUAGUAUAGAAGGCACUGUUCAUCGUGAUAUUCCAUUAAAUUAUCCUGGUAUAUUGGAACCAAAUGUAGUUGUCCUUUUACAUGAUGUAGGAUUAUUGAAGACUACAACGCACAUAGUAAUGAACAAAUAUCAUAUUUUAAUAUCUCGAGUAAAUUUACUAGCAGUAUAUUCCAACAAAGGUCGGAUUGUACACACUUCUUCUGUAGAAGAUAUCUUAUCCAAUAUUUCAAAUGUUGAGUUGACUAGAGAUAAUUAUAUUACACCUCUUUCGAGUCAUUGUGAUGAUACAGUUGGAUUAUGCACUAAUACUGUUAAUACAUCAACCAGUCAACAGAUUAACUCGAAAUCUAUAUCGGUUAAUAAUUCCAAGUUGUUACGAAGGCCAAAUGAGAAACAUAAAAAUGGCAAACAAGCCUUUGAAAAAGACAGCAAAAGUUGUGAAACUACAGAUAAAAUAUUUGAAUCUUUUGAACAGUCAAUGGAUAUGGAUGACGAUAUGAACGAUGCUUUCUUUACUAUUGAAAACGAACCCGUCGUCUCGAAUGAACACAAGUACUUUAAUCGUUCGUCAUUCGAAAGUACUAAUGCCCAAAACAGCGAUAUUCAGCGGCGCGAAUUGCAAAUGCGAAACACUAACUGCUUGGGAAAUACAAGUGGGAGAUUUUUUGUAAUAAAUUCGACAAGUAAAAUAAGAUCUAUAUCACCGUUAACGAAGCAUAACGCUGAAAAUUCCAAAAAUCUAGCAAGCUAUUUUACUGAUGAAAUGCUUCACAAUAAUGAAUUUGAUUCGGAUGACGAGAUCUUGUCGCAGUUAGACGUAGAUAACAUUGUUAGUAACAGUAAAAAAUGAUGAAAAUGAUGAGUUUUCUGUAAAUACUGAUUGUAUACUUUUAUCAAUUGGCUAUCAAGUCGUUCAUGAGAUGUUUCAGUUUGUAGAAUAUUAAGUUUUGAUACUACUGAUAAAAGCUUGAUACAAUGUUCUGCGUGAGUUUUAAGCGUGAUACUCGAAUCAACUAGUAUCGCAACAGAAGAUGUAUUAUAAUGUAUAUACAUAUAAAUAUACGACAGAUUAUAUUUGAUAUUAUUACACUUUUGAAUUGGAGUUGUAUCGUAUGGUAAAAAGUUAUCUUCAAAGUCGUGCUUAUGCGAUGUUAUCUGUCGCGAAUUUAUAAAGCGUGUCCCGUUAAUUGCAUGUCACAAAACGUAAUAAUAUUUGCGUCGUAAAUAUGCGUCGUCGUCCGAUUCGAUCAGUUACUUUUACGUUUGCAAUAAAAAGAUGCCAAUAAUGCUAUUAUAAUGCGAUUAUAAGAUGCGUUAUAAUGCAAUUUUACAACAUUGUUAUUUCGUCUCGGUGACACAAUGUCGACUAGUUUUUGUAUUAAACUGUGAUGAAUACGGCAACAAUCACAUAAUACGAACAUAAGUGCGUGAUGCGUACACGCUUUUUGUGGCAAUUAAAUUCGGAGCAUGCCAGCCAUCGGUCUGGGUCGAACAACGACGGAAUAAAAGUCGUAUAAUGAAAAAAAAUGGAACUUCCCUCGUUCUCUUUCGAGCUCUCGCACUCGCAGGGAAUCGGUCUCCUUCCCCACCGACUCGAACUCGGUCGAGCUGUGACCGUUUUAAUCUCUAUUAUUGUUCUAUAACUCGGUCAAAUUAUGCCUCAUAAUGUUCCUGCGGUCAGAUUAUCAGAUGGUACAUCUCGAGGUCGAUCUGAUGGAUGCACAUUGAUGCAUACGCUAACUAUCGAUCCUAUUUUCUUUGUGAAGUUUCCUUUUUUUUAUACAAGGUAAAACGCAAAAACAAGCAGCGAAACUUUGAGAGCAUAUUCUCUAAUUUUCUUUAAAAAUAAGGAAAGUAGUUCUUAUAAGGAAUGCAUAUGAUUCAACGAGACAACGUUUCCGAAUCCAAUGUUUGAUUUAUCCAAUUUUUACACAAUUUAUCCUACUUCCUUUUUUCCUUCAUCUUUGAAGUAAAACGCAUUUGUGAAGUUCAAAUGUUUGUUCCAGAAUGAGUUUGUCUACCAGUUUGAUAUAACUAGUUUCAACUUUUAGAUUUAGCGCACCUUUCUCUCUCCUUUCUAAUAGUGUAUUACUCGCAGUAAACAUUACGAACGGCAUUUAUAUUACAACGAUAACGGAACGAUAAACAUAUGAAAAGAGCUAUCGAUGCGCCGACUUAUGCACAACAUACACUGGACGGAAGGAUUAUGUCUGUUAACAACAAAACAUAGAAUGAGUAUGUGAAGAUUGUUAGAUUAGAGCCGUAUAAAGCAAUAACUCACACAUCA